UUAUCCUUGUGGUCGGCUUGUGCAAAAGGCACUUCCGUCGUUGCUUUUGAGGAAUACGGACAGCCCGCGUUUGACGCAUCUCUUGUAGGCGUUCGGUGGGCGCGUGCUCUUGGACAUCAUGAACAUUAGUAUCGCAGACAUAUGCCAGAACACGCGCAUGGGGCGUGAAUGCGCUCUCUUGGGCAACUACGAGUCGGCGAUCGUCUACUACCAGGGUGUCAUACAGCAGAUACACCGACUUGUGCAGACUGUCACUGGUGAUCGCAAGGAGCGCUGGCAGCAGAUUCAGCAAGAGCUGGCCCAGGAGUACGAGUACGUCAAAGACAUCCAGGUGGUGCUGAGUGGAUUCCGCUCGGACAGCCACCUCGAGCGCAUUCCCACAAGUAGGAUCAACUAUGAGGAUGACCUUGAGCCGGACUCCUGGUUCACUCCACGAGACCCCGAAGUCUGGCCAGCACCCAACCCUGUGGAGCACAAGCCAGGCCCGUCUGUCCGCCAAGUGAGCCGUAGUCGGAGAACAGAGACAUCGCGGACAACUAGCAAUCGCAGUUCGUCCAGUGGCAAGGGUGGUGGAAGCAGCACUGUCAAGCGAGGCACCGACACAAAAGCCUCCCGGAGAGAGGACAGCAAGCCACGCAGCAAGGAUGCCAAGAAGGAUGAACCUACUGCAACCAAGGAAGCCGAGCAGCAGGAGAAGAAGUUUGACUGCACGGGCUACGACCACGAGCUGGUGGAGCUGCUGGAGCGGGACAUUCUGCAGCGGAACCCGAGUGUGCGCUGGGAUGACAUUGCGGACCUGCACGAGGCCAAGAAGCUGCUGGAGGAGGCCGUCGUGCUGCCCAUGUGGAUGCCAGACUUCUUCAAGGGCAUCCGCCGCCCUUGGAAGGUGUUGAAUUCUACAAUUCCUCUGACAGGUGUGCUGAUGGUUGGGCCACCAGGCACUGGCAAGACCAUGCUGGCCAAGGCAGUGGCCACAGAGUGCAGCACGACAUUCUUCAAUGUCUCUUCAUCCACUCUCACCUCCAAGUACCGGGGCGAAAGUGAAAAGUUGGUGCGCCUGCUCUUUGAGAUGGCCCGGUUCCAUGCCCCCAGCACCAUCUUCAUUGACGAAAUUGAUUCCCUGUGUUCCCGAAGAGGCUCCGACUCGGAGCACGAGGCCAGCCGGCGUGUGAAAUCGGAGCUGCUCAUUCAGAUGGAUGGCAUCACCAACAAUGAGGACCCAGCCAAGGUGGUGAUGGUGUUGGCAGCCACCAACUUUCCCUGGGACAUUGAUGAAGCACUUCGCCGGAGGCUCGAGAAGCGCAUCUACAUUCCUCUGCCCAACAGUGCUGGGAGGGAGGCACUGCUGAGGAUCAACUUGAAGGAUGUUGAGGUCUGCCCCGAGCUUGACAUUAACCUCAUUGCGGAGCAACUGGAUGGCUAUUCCGGUGCUGACAUCACCAAUGUCUGCAGGGAUGCUUCAAUGAUGGCAAUGCGACGAAGAAUACAUGGUCUCACUCCAGAGGAAAUUCGCAACCUUACCAAGGAAGAGCUCGAACUUCCAGUUAGCCGAGAUGACUUCGAGGAGGCCAUACGCAAGAUCAACAAAUCAGUUAGCCGGGAGGAUCUGGAGAAGUAUGAGAAGUGGAUGUCUGAAUUCGGCUCAACCUAAUUGUCUUUUUACGUUCACUAGCACUCCUGUUUGCUAAACGCUUGCAGCCUAUCCGUCAUCCCUUCAAGGCUCUCACCGUGAAGGUCCAGUGUGCCUAUUGUUUUCAUCAAGAUUUUACGUGUGCUGCAACAUGCACAGUUUUCUCAAGUAUGUUAUCGACUGUUCUUUCGAGGCCUGCACUUGACGGCUAAGUGAGUGUUUAGCCAAUAAGUGUUGUGACACUUUGUAUGCAAUGAUCCCAGUGCACUACUCAUGUUUUGUGUUUGGUCCACUGUGAAGGCAUGCUCGAGCACGUCAAUGUGCGUUGCAGCCAUUGAGAUCUGUUCCAAAUAGAUAUCAGUGCUCGGGCUGCUUUCUUGUUGCCAGGUGCCUGGAGCUAAGCAGUAACGAUGUGGCCUGCUCCUGGCAUGAGCUUGACCAACUGAUGGUGGCCAAAUACAGUGAGCUGUUAUAAACUCUUUUUAAUAGCCGAUUUGGGUGGCUGUGUCGUCUGCUGCCACUGCCGCCACCAGUGUCUGUCACACCUAUCGCACGUGAAAGAGACAACAUUCAGUUCCUGCCAUAAUCAGACUUGACUAUGCUAUGAAGCUGCUUUGGAAAGAAAACCCUAUGGGCGGUCCUGUUGGGGCAAAAAGUCGCGCGUGCUGCUAUGCAAAUGCUACGAACGGAUACAUAGUAUUGCACCAGGCAUCAUACCAUGUGAAUUGCCAUAAUGUCCUCUAUAAUUUCAGUGCCCGGCAAGCCAUCAGCACAAUAGGAAAGUGCCAUUGGCGGAGUUACGCAGCUCCGCCACUAUACGCUGGGGGUGCCACUCAUGUAGGGCCGCUGGAAGGGUGGCGGUACGCAUAUUUUGUUGUUGUAUUGCAGUUCUCAAGUGUUCUGGGCGUUGGUCAUCUGGUCCUUGUUACUUGUGACGUGAAAAAUGAACCAUUUGACAUAAUUUUCACAAACAUGAUAGUUGGUCCUCCAGCGGCAAAAAUGGGGUGAUAACUGUGCCCGGCUUGGUCUUUCAGAAAUCCAAGUGCUGAUGUCAUGUCUCGAGAAAGCACUUGCAACGCCCUUUUCACAUUCAUUUUCUCGUUGUUGUUAGGAUAUACAUGCUUUCUGCUCAAGUUCCGCACUGGCUUGAGAAGCUGUUCUUUUUGCAUUUCAUACAGCUUCGUUUUGGUCGGCUGUCAUACGUUGGCGAAGCUAUCUUUUGCUUGGUGCUACGGCUACAAAUGCUUACAAGUGCACUUGAAAGUAAACAAUCACAGCAGCAAAAAAACGUUGCAGUGCGCGAUUGCCUAGGUGCAGCAGCGUGCAAUACAGUGGCAGAAGCGCCAAAAACCACAACAGACUUUACCUACGCGGGUGGCACCACGCCGCGUAGGAAUGCAGCGUAAUACCACGGUGGGUGAGAGGGAAGGAUGAUGGUGGCUGAGGGAACAUUUGAUGGGCACAGAAAAGUAUAGAGGAGGCCUCUGUGGAAUUGCUUAACAAGGGGGGGCUUUAAAGUCGUCUACCCAGCGCAAAGGGCUCAGCCAUGAUGAUCACUUUGUGCAGCAACAUAGAUGCAGAUAUGUCUUUGCAGUCACAUAGCAAACUGCAAGCGCCAAGCCACAUGAUUUGUGUAAUAGGUGGAAGCUUAAGGCUGUGCAGCCAUUACAAAGGGCUGUGCUGUAGUUAAUUAUUAUUAUUAGCAGCAGUAGCAUUAUUAGCGGCCUUCCAUCUCGCAAGGUGUCAUGCCAGGUCAACUGCACCAUGUGUGGGUGCAAUAAAGCUGCCUAACCAUUACAGACACCUGUACCACAGUUCUUUAUAGUCAUAAGCUAGAGCAGCUACGUAGCUGCAAACAUUGUGUGGCAGAUGCUAGUCUGGGACUACAAAGAGUGACCUUCCGUAUAUUGCCGAUUAUAAGUCGACCCCCCCAACUUGCAACCCCUUAACCCCUUCUAGGGCAAAAAAAAGUUGACUUCGAACACAGCCUCAUGCUGCGGCCAUAGCUCACCAAUAAGUUUUUCAGAAGAGGGAGUGAUGCAAAGAAACAUUUAUUUGCCCGUGAAACAUUGCUUACGACUCGUCGUCGCUUGAGAGAAGGACGCAGUCACGGUCAUUGCCAUCAUGUGAGCCACUGCUGCUGCUCGCCGUCGGAACGGGUGCCGGUGGUACUGAGAUGCCGCACGUGGAAAACGCCGCGUGGACCAUGUCGGUUGGCAGUCCAUACCAGGCAUCGUUGACACAUUUCUUGGAUACUUCAAACUCGGUUUGCGGGAUGCACAUAUCCUUCGCCACAGUUCGGGCUUUUGCUUCAAUAUCAUUGUAGCGAACACUCAGGCUCUUGCUUCUCUGGUCAUGAACCCAAUCUGGAACCGUCUCCUCAAUGGCAGGGUAUCGUCCAGACUUUGGUCCGCGAAAGGAACAGCGUGUAGCAGCGCACGCGAAGAUCUUGGUCCUUUGUUUUCUCCAUUCCCUCAUGCACUUUUCCGACACAUCAAACUUGCGCCCUGCUUCAACGUUGCUUUCCGACUCUGCAUAGAGGAUUGCUUGCCUCUUGAAAGCAGCGCUGUACUGUUGCCAACGUAGCAGUGGCAUCUUGGCGUCCGUUUGGCAGCGUCGCAAAUUGCGCACACCACUGCUCGCAAGCGAAGCGAAAUGCAGAAAUGGCGAACAGGUGUGAGUGCAAAAAAGACGUGAAGACGCUUGUGGGCUCAUGUGACUGGUCAUGUGGUUUAGUUCCCCGCAAAGUGUUGCCAGCCAACACGGCGCUGCCAGCUUUUCUGUGAAACGCCGAUGGUUUGUCAACGAAUCGUUUCUAUUGUAUGAAAACAAAACUGCAGGGCGCAUCGCAAGGUAAAUUCCUCUUUAUUCAUAGAGCAUCGCUCGCCCUCUAUCAAAGGUUUGAAAUGCUGCUUUCGAGACCGUGUUUCCCAAGCAGUUCGCAUUAAUGCCGCGCGGCGGUGAUUUUUUAAACGCGCUCCGUAGUUUCGCCUCGCGUGGUUUCGCUAUAGUUUCGCGAUCAUUGUGGCAGGUCACAAAAAUGUCCGGCUCCGGAAGCGGCGCGCGCGUUGAGAGAUAGCUAUUGCCGCGACUCCGCUGCCUCUGCGGCUGAUGUUAUCGAUGCGUCGAAUAGCAGAAAAUUAAAGGACGACGACCUUUCGUCGGACCCCACAGAUAAGUCGACUUUACGAUUCCGCGUAUAGGUCGACUCCGAUUAUAGGUCGAUCCCCGAACUUUGGAAGGUCAUUUUAUAAAAAAAACGUCGACUUAUAAUCGGCAAUAUACGGUAAUACAGUUAUGCUCAUUUUUCAGCUGUUAGUACAUUCCCACAAAACACGAUUAUUUGGCACCAACAUUUUGUUUAUUACCAAACUACAGUUGUAUAAGCCUGUGCAGUUGAGAGCAGUGGUCGCUCACUGCGGCAGCUUUCCUGCAGUAUUGGCCCACCCGCUCUUCCUACGCUAGCAAAUCACCGAACCGAUCGUUACACACCGCACUCGCAGCUAUCUUAUUAUUAGGUUACAUGGUGCCACAGGCCUUGUUUGUCCAAGAGUUGCAGAAAAAAAUAAAAUUUUCAAAACCAUUG